AUGGAAUUCAUCGAAAGAGGCCCCAGCAAGGCAAAUGACAGGAGGGGCCAUGGGGGGGCCAGCGCCCACAUCAGCGCCAGAGCGACCACCGGUUUUGAGACCCUGGCAAGCGGAUCGCACCUCCGCUGCAGGUCCAAGGCAAGCAUGGCUGUACCGACCGGAGGGAGGAGCGGGAUGCGCCAGUGGACGAGUCUGCGUGAUUCGGUUCGGAGCUGUCAGAGGAACCAGGACUGGCAAGAGGCCCUGCGUCUUCUGGACACCAUGCAGUCUCGAAGGAUGGACCAAGUCUCCGUCUGCGCAGCGAUGAGCUGCUGUACCAGGGCCGGCAUCUGGGAAGCGAGCCUGGCCCUCUUUGCGUGGCUUCUCGCUUCAUCGGUGGCCCCGGACCCUGUCACCUUUAGCGCGGCCCUGUCAACUUGUGCGGGCUCUCGAUGGACCAUCGCGAUCUUGCUGCUUCAGCAGCUCAUGGCGAUGGCUGUGGAAGCUGACACCAUAUGUUUCAACUCUGCCAUCAGUGCUUGUGACAAGACUGCAUGGCAAGCUGCGCUGUGGCUGCUCCAAGCAAUGCCUACAGCUGGAGUGAGACCCAAUUGCAUCACCUUCACCGCUUGCAUGAACGUGUGCCCGUGGACCGCUGCCCUGCAUCUCCUCGAUCAGAUGCAAAGCAUCAGCAUCCCUCCCAACGACAUCACGAUGAACACGGCCAUGCAGACCUGUUCAGGGCAGUGGCAGACACUGUUGCAGCUAAUGGUGCUCCUGCCGAGCUUGGCCAUUCAAGCUGCCAUCAGCGCCUGCGAGAGCGCCGGGCGCUGGCAGCACGCGGCCCUGCUCUGGGAGUCCAUGGCCGCGAGCCGCGCCCAGGGCAACGUGAUUUGUUACAACGCAGCCAUCAGUGCCUUUGGCUCAGCGGGGCGGUGGCAGCUGUCGCUGGAGCACUACCGCUUACUGCGCUCUGCAUUGCCUGAUCAAGUCAGCUGCGGUGCGUUGAUGGAUGCGGUUGCAAAAGGAGGUCUCUGGGAGCGGAGCCUUGCUGUUCUUUCAUCCAUGGCGAGAUUGAGGCUCGUGCCGGACAUCUUCAACUACAAUAUCGCUCUAGAGGCAUCCGGCGACUGGCAGCAAGCAGUGGGGCUGCUGGGAUGCAGAGAAGGAGGCAGUCCACCGAACGGGAUCACAUACUCGAACGCCAUGACGGUGCUCGCAGUGCACGGGCGCUGGAAGCUGGCCCUCGGCAUGGCCCGCCGCAGCUUGGCAGAGCAGCGCUGUGCAUUCAAAAGCAAGGACAUACCAUCUCAAAAAACACGACGGACCGUUGGGACCAUGACCAUGAGAGACCUGAGAUGA